AUGCCUGCUCUACGGGCGGACAACAUCACAGAGCGAAUGUGUAACGAAGAAGACACGUGGAAUGCGGUAAGCCAAGUUGUGACGCAAAUACUGUCAGAGCUGCAGACUCAGCAAGGUAAGCAGGCACAACUCGCUAGCGAGGCACGGCGUAUGAAGCUCGGAAUCCUGGGAGAACACAAACUACCGUCGGGACAGGUAUUAUUAUAUUCCGGUAUUCGAGAGAACAACGCACCCCGGGACCGAGGAGUUGGUUUCCCGCUUAGCGCACAGGCACAUGUGGCGCUCAUCAAGUUGGAAUCAAUUAAUGAGAGAAUAAUCAUCGCCAGAUUCAAAAUACGGGACAAGGAGAAUUUCUACAGUGAACUGAAUGCCAUCUUGGAUAAAAUUCCAAAAGGUGUCAUCAAGAUCUACAUGGGCAACUUCAAUGCGAAGAUCGGCUCCGACAACACGGACUAUGAGAGUGUCAUAGGACGUCAUGGUCUUGGAGAAAUGAGUGAAAACGGUGAGCUGCUUGCAGAAUUCUGUGGCAAUAACGACAUGGUGAUUGAGGAUCGCUCCUUCCCCAUCAACCAGUGCACAAAGUCAAGAGAUUGGAGCAGUCAUCUGAAGCAUGACAUCCAACAAGGCUCCCAGGGUCGAUCGCAUUGA